AUGCUACAAAGGAAUUCUUUGAAAUUGGGGAAAUUCUCCAUCAGAACGCUAGCCACUGGUGCCCCAUUGGAUGCCUCUAAAUUGAAAAUUACAAGAAACCCAAAUCCUUCUAAGCCAAGACCAAAUGACGAAUUGGUGUUCGGUCAAACAUUCACAGACCACAUGUUGACCAUUCCAUGGACUGCCAAAGAAGGGUGGGGUGUUCCUCAUAUCAAGCCUUAUGCUAAUUUAUCGCUUGACCCAUCAUCUUGUGUAUUCCACUAUGCAUUUGAACUGUUCGAAGGUUUGAAAGCCUACAGAACCCCACAAAAUACCAUUACCAUGUUCCGUUCUGACAAGAACAUGGUUCGUAUGAACAAAUCCGCAGCUAGAAUCUGUUUACCCACCUUCGACUCUGAGGAAUUGAUUAAGCUUACCGGGAAGUUGAUCGAACAAGAUAAACAUUUAGUUCCUGAAGGGAAUGGUUACUCUUUAUACAUCAGACCAACAAUGAUCGGUACCUCUAAAGGUUUAGGUGUCGGCACUCCUUCCGAAGCUCUUCUUUACGUUAUCACUUCUCCAGUUGGUCCUUAUUACAAGACCGGUUUCAAGGCCGUUCGUCUUGAAGCAACAGACUAUGCCACUAGAGCUUGGCCAGGUGGUGUUGGUGACAAGAAGUUGGGUGCUAACUAUGCUCCAUGUAUCUUACCUCAAUUGCAAGCUGCUAAAAGAGGAUACCAACAAAACCUAUGGUUGUUUGGUCCUGAAAAAAACAUCACUGAAGUCGGUACCAUGAACGUGUUCUUCGUUUUCCUCAACAAAGUCACCGGUAAGAAAGAGUUGGUUACUGCUCCAUUAGACGGUACUAUCUUGGAAGGUGUCACUAGAGAUUCUGUUUUGACUUUGGCUCGUGAGAAACUAGACCCUCAAGAAUGGGACAUCAACGAACGUUAUUACACUAUCACUGAAGUCGCUACUAGAGCCCAACAAGGUGAACUAUUGGAAGCAUUCGGUUCUGGUACUGCUGCCGUUGUCUCACCAAUCAAGGAAAUUGGCUGGAAAGAUCAAGAUAUCAAUGUUCCAUUAUUGCCUGGUGAGCAAUCUGGUGCUUUAACCAAGCAAGUCGCCCAAUGGAUUGCUGAUAUUCAAUACGGUAGAACUAAGCACGGUAACUGGUCGAGAACUGUUGCUGACUUGAACUAA